AUGAGUAUUACUUCAAAAUUUGAAAUGUUACUCAUUUUAUAGUUUAAUGUUAUCCAUUUAUUGACAAUGCUACACACUUUAUGGACCAUAGCUACGGGUCUCAAUGUAGACACUCCCGUGUAAAAUGGGAAAUUUGUGCGGUGUAUUAUUUGUUUGUUGGACAUACGUAGUUGUGUAUUUGCAGAGAAAAGGAGUUGAGAUCGCUGCAGAACUGAUCAACAAAGGAGUUGCUGAGAAGCUUGAUCUCAGCAAGUUUCCUUCAUCAAAGACCUUUCGGGUGGCCGAUUUGGGUUGCUCCGUUGGACCGAACACUUUCCUCGCCGUCCAAAACAUACUUGAUUCCGUGGAGCUCAAGUAUAAACGCCAAGGACUCGGUCAUCUUCUUCCUGAGUUCCAAGUAUUCUUUAACGAUCAUGCCUCCAAUGAUUUCAACCAGCUUUUCACUACGCUUCCUCCGGAAAGGAGAUACUAUGCGACAGGCGUGCCGGGUUCUUUCCAUGAUCGGUUAUUUCCGGCUUCUUCUCUGCAUUUUGUCCACUGUUCCUACGCUGCUCAUUGGCUUUCAAGAGUGCCAAAAGAGCUGGCGGACAAAACUUCUCCUGCUUGGAACAGAGGGAGGAUUCACUACUCGAACUCCGUGGUCCAAGUUCGAAAAUCUUAUGAGGCCCAGUUUUUCAAGGAUAUGCAGAGGUUUCUAAACGCUAGAGCUCAAGAGAUUUUGCAUGGGGGUAUGUUGGCUCUUCUUCUUCCUGUUUGCCCUAAUGGAACCCUUCAUUCUAAAGUUUUUAUCAACAAGGCAAUUGAACUUCUUGGACUUUGCCUCUUGGACAUGGCCAAAAGGAGCAUUGUAAGUGAAGAGAAAAUAGACAGUUUUAACAUCCCAGAAUACUUUGCAACUUUUGAACAAGUGGAAGAAAUUCUGGAUCGAAAUGGAUGUUUCAGCAUAGAAAUAAUGGAGACCUUUCCUUUUGAAAAGCCAUCACCUAUGGUCUUCUCGUCUGUACUUAGAGCUGGCUUAGGACCAUUGAUAGAGAAACAUUUUGGACCUGAGAUUUUAGAUGAGCUGUUUGAUCUAUUAUGCAAGAGAUUUGAAGAUUCAUUCUCAAUCAUUGAUCCCGAGGAAACAAAUGCCUCACUAUUUGUUCUACUCAAGCACAAAGCAAUUGAAUUAGACAAAAUUAAAGCUAUAAUUUCCAGUCAAGCUAGCUUGAUUCAGCCUAAUUGCCUGAAGCUUUCUAAGCUGAAGAAGUGAAGAACAAGAACAAGGACUCCAGAUUAUAUUAUGUUGAGGCAGUUGAAGGCCCUAAAUAAAAGAGCGUGUGGUGCAAUUAAGUAUUAAAUUAUCUUCUUGGAAGUUGGAAUUUGAGUAAAACUCUAUUGUGUUUCAUUAUUCAUAUAAAGUUCCCAGUGAUCUUGUAAUCAUACAAUAAUGUAGUGCGUGGUUUUCUUUCUGUUGUUAUAAAUUAAUCUUAUUAAAGUGACCACGCAGAAAUCAACAUCCGACAGUUUGGCCGAGUGGUCUAAGGCGCCAGAUUUAGGCUCUGGUCCGAAAGGGCGUGGGUUCAAAUCCCACAGCUGUCAGCCAAAAAAUUUUAUUUUUUUAAUACAAGAUAGAGGAGAUAUGCAAGCCAUAAAAAAGGGCACUUUUAGAUCUUACAUGUAUAAUUUCCAAGAAUAACAUGCCCAUUCCUCAUUUCAUAACUCCAGUAUUCCUCAACAUCGUCGGUAAUUUGUGAUACUAGCGGCAUUACAAUUGAAAUUUAUAUAAAUAUAAUCAGAUCUUUCUAAGCUGCUGAAGAACAGAGAUAAACCAUCUGGAAGUUCCUGAGUAGCAGACUCAUUAGCAAUCUUCUUGGCCUUUGUAAUGACUUAUUCAAUCCUGCCAACCCACAUAAAAUGACAUCUCCAGAAGGUCACCAUAUUAAUGGCUUAUCCAAUCCUGCCAACCCAUAUAAAAUGUCAGCUCCGAAGGUCAUCAUAUUAAUGGCUUAUUCAAUCCUGCCAACCCAUAUAAAAUCCUGCCAAACCAUAUAAAAUGACAGCUCCAGAAGGUCAUCAUAUUAAUGGCUUAUCCAAUCCUGCCAACCCAUAUAAAAUGACAGCUCCAGAAGGUCAUCAUAUCUUCCAUCAAGAACUCCAUGUAAAAAAUAGAAAUCCCUCAGUACAGAAAUCGGAGGCAGCACAUUCAUAACAAAGGUAUAGACUUUGGGAGGAAUACUGGCCAAACACGUUAAGAAUUCCUAAGCUAAUAGUAUAUUUCAGCAAUCCAUUUACAGAAAUUCGUAUAGAAAUGAGUUAAGAUCACAAUGCUAUCCUUGACACCUGGAAGAUUAAUGAUGAGUGCAAAAUGAAAUUAUAUCUUCAACCAGUCACCUGGAAGCUGUCAAUGCUCUCUUUCAAUUUAACAUAUUUUCCUGGAGCUCCUGUAAACACUUUGGAAACCUGAAUAGGCUGGCUCAAGAACCGUUGAAUCUUACCAGCAACAGUCAACUUGUCAUCUUCACCAUGCUCAUCCAUUCCCAACAUGGCUAUAAUAUCUUGCACAUUCUUAUAGUUUUGAAGAACGUUUUGAACAGCAUGAGCAGUACUUUUCCCAGAGUAUGGGACAAAAGCAUGCGAGAUGUAUAAUCCAAGGGGAUGACCACAGGAUAGAUGCCAAGCUUGGAUAUCUGACAAUGAACCAGUGGUUAGACAUAAAAGUCAAGAUAAUGGGAAAAGAAAAAAACAACUUAAAAUACUAAGACAAAUAAAUUGAAAGGAUUAGUAGUUUGCACUUCAGGUUUAAAAUAGACAAAACUCUGUAUUUGUCAUGAAAGGACUGUCGUGGCAUCAAGAUGGGUAGAAGUUGUGCCAGAGCUGGAUCAGUCAAGUCAUCAGCUGGGACAUAAAUGGCUUGAACGGAUGCAGUAGAACCAUUCUUGGUUGUGGUAAUACACUCUCGAAGGCCUCCAAGAUCAGUUAAAAGGGUUCGUAACUGACAGCAGAUGGGAUAUGACCAGACAAAGCAGAUACCUCUGAGUUAGCCUAAAGAAUGGACACAGAAAAUGGAAGGAUUGGCACAUUGCUAAAACAAUACAAUGGAAGCAGAAAGAAAGGAUCAACAAGUAAAUAGAUAUACAUUAUAACUCCGAAAUCCAAAUAGUAAAGCUGAAGAGAAUGAGAGGCCAGCUCAGUUGUGUGAAAGGGAAAAUGUUAUCAAUAAAGAGAAGCACAUCUUGCCCUUCAGCAUCUCGGAAAUGCUGUCACCCUGAAAUAUAAGGACAUAUAAUUAGGAAAAAAUUACAAAAGAAAUCUAGAAAA